GUUGGAAUUUUGGCUUAGAGGGUGCCAUUUUCUUCGUCAUUUCUGUUUUUGAAUCAUCGGGGCAGCUUUUCAUUUUGCCGGGUAUUAGCUUGCUCUCCCAGACUCGUUGGUUUAAUUGGACUGGAUUUUUGAAGGACUGAUCUUAGUGGUUAGUUGGUGUCUUGCUCCAAACGGCUACACCAGCUUUUUUCACGCAGGAUGAGUACCACCUGUGAAAGUGAAGAAAUGAUUAAUUCAAAAGGCAGCGCAGGUUCUGCAUCUAUUGAAGAAGCAUGUGCUAAAGGAGGAAAUGUUCAGCUGAAGAAAGGUCCAUGGACAUCCGCAGAAGAUGCAAUUUUGGUUGAUUACGUAACAAGAAACGGAGAAGGGAAUUGGAAUGCUGUGCAGAAACAUUCAGGACUUGCUCGCUGCGGUAAAAGUUGUCGUUUGCGGUGGGCAAAUCAUCUGAGGCCAGAUCUAAAGAAAGGUUCAUUUUCUCCCGAGGAGGAGCACCGUAUAAUUGAACUGCAUGCUAAAUUGGGAAACAAAUGGGCACGAAUGGCUGCUGAGCUCCCUGGUCGUACUGACAAUGAGAUAAAGAACUAUUGGAACACGAGAAUCAAGAGAAGACAGCGUGCUGGCCUGCCCAUCUACCCUCCAGAUCUCUGUAUCAGAACCAUAAAUGCAGGCAAACAAAAUGAAGACAUGGGCACAUUUUCAGGUCUGAAGUCUUCGUCCGAUGACAGGUAUUUCAUCUCCCCUGUGCAUCCAUCCAAACGUCUCAGAGGAGUAACAGAGACGGCCUCCUUGCUCCCUGGUGCCGGUGAUCUACUAGCCUGUGAUCCAUACCAGAGUUGCACUUCUCCAUAUUAUUUUGAUCAUCAACAGCCUUUUGGGGUUUCUUCUUCUGAUCAUCAUUCAUUGUUCGGUGGUGUUAUUAACGGCAGCCAUGCCUCUUUAAAUGGCAACUCCUGUUCUUCUCCUGAGCCCUCAUGGGAGAAGAAGCUGGAGCUCCCUUCACUCCAAAGUCACAUGGGUAAUUGGUAUUCAUCACCAGAGUCCAUUGUUGACACAUUGAUUCACUCACCUCCUCCAACCGAAACUAGUCUCUCUCCGCGAAACAGUGGCCUGCUGGAUGCUGUGCUUUAUGAGUCGCACACAAAGAAUAACAAUACUGCUUCUGAUGCUUCCCCGGGCACCAUGCAUGAGAACAAAUCAUUUCAAAAUCUUCAUGAGACUGCAGAAUUGGAAGCAUAUGGAGAUCCAAUCUCUCCUUUAGGUCAUUCAUCUGCUUCGGUGUUCAGUGAAUACACCCCUCCUGUCAAUGGGGACAAGCCCCACCCUGAUGAGACAGUGACAGGGCACAAAGUUGAGGAGUCCAACAAUUCCUAUUGUUUUGAAGGAUUCAAAGUUAAGGAGGAGGACAUGGACUGGUCGUAUCCGAUUCAGUGUUAUGAUGGCAGAAAUGAUGAAUCAAACCAGAAUAUGUUUUCCAGGCCUGACCUCUUUCUUGCUUCAAAUGGUUUUUAUCAUCAGACAAACUACAACAACUACAACAAGAAUCAUUCCGUGCUGAAAGAAGUAUUUGGGGCAGUUCUUUUUGACGAUGUUAGCAGGGAUUGUAAGAACGCGAGAUCCAUGGGCACUCCAUCUGGAGGGUGUUCUUGCACAUGGGAUGCCAUGUCCACCGUCUAAUCAUGUCCUUCCUCCACUUUCAAACAAAAAGAAAAGGAGUGUUGAUUCGAAAUCUCAGCUUCUCCCUGUGCUGAAAGGAAACAUUACAGGACAAAUAAUGUAACAUUUUCUUCAGCUGAUAAAAUGUGUCGUCCUGCCGUAUUUUCUUCUUCAUUAAAGUUGCACAGGUUCUUCGCAGACUGUAAACAUCAUUCCUCCUGCAUUGAAAACAGAAAAGGUGUAAUGAGUGGAAACCUACAACGGGUUCCUUUGUGAUUCUCAUAUGAUAUUUCCAUAAAACGUUUACCUUUGU